AUGAAAUUUGGAAUUUCCCGUAGAACCCCUAUUACGAUACAGCUAAGUAAUUAAUAGUUUUAUAUCAAGGUGGCAGUUCUGAAAUUUAUAUCGAAGUUGGCAGUUGCGAAAUCUGUAUCAAGAUAACAACUCUGGAAUAUAAAACAAUGCGGCAAUUCUGGAAUCUAUAUCAUAGUGGCAAUUCUGAAAUCUUUACUAAAGUGGCAAUUCUGAAAUUUAAAAACAAAGUGUCAUUUCUGAAAUCUGGAGCAAAGUGGCAAUUCUGACAUUUAAAACAAAGUGGCAGCUCUGAAAUCUAUAGCAAAUUGGCAGUUCUAGAAUCUAUAUCAAAUCUAAAACAAAUUCGCAAUUUUGAAAUCUAAACAAAAAAGGCAAUUCUGAAAUCUAUAUCAAAAUGGCAAUUCUGAAAUCUAAAAAAAAUCUGAAAUCUGUAUCAAAAUGGCAAUUCUCAAAUCCAUACAAAAGUGGCAGUUCUGAAAUCUAUAUCAAAUUGGCAAUUCUGGAAACUAUAUCAAAUCUAAAACAAAUUGGCAAUUCUGAAAUCUAAAACAAAGCGACAAUUCUGAAAUUCAAAACAAUGUGGCAAUUUUGAAAUUUAUAGGAAAGUGGUAAUUAUGAAAUCUAUAUCAAAGUGGCAAUUCUGUAAUAAAAAAAUGGCAAUUCUGAAAUCUAAAAGAAUUAUAAUUCAGAAAUCUAUAUCAAGAUGGCAAUUCUGAAAUCCAUAUUAGAGACGCAAUUCUGGAAUCUGUAUCAAAGUAGCAAGUCUGAAAUCUAAUAAAAUGAGGCAAUUCUGAAAGCCAUGUGAAGGAGACAAUUCUGAAAUAAAUCACAGACACAGUUCAGUCAAUCCCAUUAUGCAUAUGUCUUUUAAUAAAAUUUCGAAACUUCUGGUAAAUAAAAUUUCGAAGCUUCAGGGUAAUUAAAGAAACUCUUCGAGGGCAGGGAUAUACCGUGUCUGUUAAUUAUAAAAUUAAUUAUAAAUGCUCAAUGUUUUUGGAAACCGUGCAGGAUGGGGAGCAUUAUACUGUGGCUCGUGUAUAUAAGGUCGACCAGCGAGCCGGGAUCUGUACUUAUUGCCGCACUACACGCAGAAUCAUGAAGGUAAAGACAGCAUUGCUAUCCGUGGUGGUGGCCAGCAUGGUCUUCGAGGCUGUCGCUGCAGGGAUGCUGGACGUCGAUAGCACCAAGAUCGACCACUUCCUGGCGUCGGACAAGUGGCCUCGAGCCGCGGUGUGCCUGGCCGGUAUCGUCCCGAAGGAACACCCGAAGUACUCCAAGUGCUUGAGGAUAUCGCAAUACCUCCAAGAUUCAUUGAAGAACGGAUGCCAGGGUUGCUCGAGGCGAGAAAAUGCCAACUUAAACAAACUCAUGAACGCCAUGAAGUCCAGUGCACCCGGCAUGCAUGCUCGUAUCGUUGCAUGAGAUUUUGCUGAAGGAUUAAUCUCAAUCAAAAUAUGAAAAAGAAACAGAGGAAAAACAUGAACUUAUAUAUAAAAUAUACAAACAAAAGUAUAAGCACUGGCACGGGUAUAGACACUAGACAGACAUGCAUACAUGCAUAGGUGGAGGAUUCAUACUGAAUAAAUUGUAAACAAAAUAAGGAAGGUACAUAUAUUAAUAUUUGUUUCAUUUGCUCCAUACUUAGUUACCCACUUUUUAACAUACAUUUGUAUUAUUCAUAUUUGAAUACUUUUGGAAAAUA